AUGGCACCGAUUUCCAAGAAGUCGGAGAAAGAAGACAGCAACAAUGUAUCACAGAUUGAACAAGAGCCAGAUAUCAGCGAUUCGGAGAUUGACUUGUCGAAGAAAGUGAAGUCAAGCAAGACCGGAUCAAAAGAGGUGGAUGUUCUCGAGGCUACGAGGGUUCUGCGAGAUCCGACUACUCCUAAGCGUCCGAAGGCUGGCACUGGCAUGCAGUACUUGACUCCUCGAAGCCUUGAGUCCAGUCCCCUCAAGUCUCAGACGUCGACACCUGGCAAUGAAGACAAUGCUGCUCCCAAGACACCGAACAAGAAGGCACGCGGAGUAUUCGGAACGGAUGCGCGAGUCUGGUCUGCCGAUGGUUACAAGAGUCCUUGCCGCAGUCAGCCAUGCUUCCCAGAUCAGCAGCAAGGUCAACAGGAGGAGGAAUGA